AUGGCCAUAUACAAGAAAGAAUGGUAUCAUAUAGGUGGUAGAAUUUCGGGCUAUACGAUAUGCAAAGAGAAUCGAGAGGACCAACAAGUCCCAAUUGACAAUGUUCUUGACCAACUUACCUAUGGCCUUACACAGAGUUUAAUUAAACCUUUCGGCGAGACCAUUUGUACAAGGGUGAAACUUGAUGACAUCGUUGUGAAACAACUGUCUGAGCAUUCGCCUUUUUUACAGCAUGUGUCUUGGGCCAAUGGGUCAUAUAGUUCGUGGCAACCAAAAUAUAUCAGUUCAAUCGAGGUGUGUGGUAGAGGGGACCUACAAAAUCUAACCCAAUUUUGA